AUUCGCAUAAAUUGACGUACCGCCGUUUAUCAAAUGUAGCAACAAAAAAACUUUGAAAAAACUUCUGACGUGUACAUCAAUAAUUGAAGAUUUCUUGUUUAAUCCUCUCUAGCAACUUGAGCGUUUUAUUCUUUUUUUCUAUUUAAACAUAAGUCAAGUGCAAAGAAAGGACCAAUUUGCUUCAUAUUCCCGCAGUGUAGCAACUACAUCGAAAUGAUAAUACCAGAGAAAAGCCGCUUUCUUAUUUACUCCAUAAGUAUUUUCGUGUGUUACUUUUUAUUCGGAAUAGUUCAAGAGAAAAUCACCCGUGGACGUUAUGGUGACGAACCGAACGAAGAUGGCAAAAAGGGCGAGCGUUUCACCUAUGUGCUGGCACUAGUUUGGGUACAAUGCUUUUGUAAUUUCGUCUUUGCAAAAGGUAUGUUAUGGGCUAAAAGGGCAAAGAAAGAGGAUCAAACACAUACCGGUUACUAUGCUGUGAGCGCACUCACAUACUUAUUGGCCAUGGUGUCGUCAAAUAUGGCGCUCCGUUGGGUGCCAUACCCUACGCAGGUGGUUGGCAAGUCAGCAAAACCAAUACCGGUUAUGAUUUUAGGCGUUUUACUUAGUCACAAAUCCUAUUCCUGGGUGCGUUAUGCUUGUGUAACAUCCAUAGUUGUUGGCGUGGUGCUGUUUAUGUACAAGGAGAGUCAAAUUGCGCACUUGCCCAAAGAAACAACCGGCUUAGGUGAAAUCUUGCUCUUCCUAAGUUUAGCCAUGGAUGGUUUGACCGGCGCAGUGCAGGAAAGAAUGCGCGCUUCAAGUGCACCUUCGGGACAACAAAUGAUGUUGGCUAUGAAUUUCUGGAGUACUAUUAUGGUUAGCUUUGCUGCAAUACUGUCGGGCGAAGCCAAAGAAUUCUUCCACUUUGCAUCGCGACAUCCUGAGCUUUGGAGCCACUUGGCAAUGCUAGCAUUUUGCGGUGCUCUUGGUCAGCUAUUCAUCUUUCUUAUGGUGGCCAAUUUUGGACCUCUAGCCUGCUCUGUGGUGACAACAACGCGUAAAUUCUUUACUGUACUCUGCUCCGUAGUGCUCUUUGGAAAUGUACUGAUACCAAGACAAUGGUUUGGUGCGAUAUUAGUGUUCGCUGCGCUCUUCUUUGAUAUGUUCUAUGGCAAAGGCAGUGAUAAAAAGGCUGCAGCAGCAGCGAAAAAAUCAGAAGGUGAUCUUGCGGAGGACAAGAAAAAAUUGAUAUCAUAGAAUUUAAAGGAAGUAGUAUAAUUUUAGGCAACUUAAGCAAAUUUCAACAUAGAAUUAUCAAUGAUACUAUUGUUUUCCAAGUACGAUGUAUGUAGCUUCAGAUAUGGUAUGCUAAAGCGCUUAUGUCUGUAGUAAAUUAUAUAACAUAGUAGAGUAACUCAAUUUGAAUUUUUUUAUUCAGUGAUUUCUAUAUCAAUUUAUGUUUAACAGCAUAUAUUUAUAAAUGAUAUGCAAUUUUUAUUAGAGCAUAAUUAUAUGUAGUGCUAAUAUACAUAUUUCUUUUAAUUCCAAGCCUUUAAAUUACAAUAUUUUCAUUGUACAUAAUGUGACUGUCUACCUACUAAGUAUCUUAUACAAGUAGAAAAAUAAAGCAGAAUUUA